CACCUUUCACCUGUAAUUGCUAGUUUCCAGAAUUUUAAUCCCCCGUCCCCUUCCCUUUGUCGCCGACACACUCUUCCUCCACUUUUUUCCACUUCUCUCUCUUCAUUACUCUUCCACAAUCUUUGAAUCCCUUUCUCUCUCUCUCUCUCUAGCUGUCACUUUCUUUUAUGGCGAUGCUUCUGUCCACUGCCCACCGAUCUCUCCUUCAACUACUACUUCUGCUGCUACUCCUUCUCCCUUCACCCCUCUUCUUAGCAUUCUGCCCUUCUUUCUAUGCUUUAAACCCAUAAACAACAGCCUAACAGAGCAUCCCUGAAUGUGCUUGGCGUUGUAAUGGCUCUGUGGGUCUUCAUCUUGAUGAUUUUCUUGUUGAUCUUUGGUUUUAUUCCUGUUUCUCCUGCUCUUACUCAUGAUUCUGAUGUUCAAGCUUUGCAAGUUAUAUACACUUCAUUGAACAGUCCUUCUCAGCUGACUGGUUGGAUUGCUAGUGGUGGGGAUCCAUGUGCAGAGUCAUGGAAGGGGGUGGCUUGUGAAGGGUCUGCUGUUGUGUCAAUUGAGAUUUCUGGUUUAGAGCUGAAUGGAACGAUGGGUUAUGCGCUUUCGAGUCUUUUGUCAUUGAAAGAACUUGAUAUAAGCGACAACCUUAUUCAUGACUCGAUUCCUUACCAAUUGCCGCCGAAUCUCACGAGACUAAAUAUGGCGAAAAACAGCUUAAGUGGUAAUCUUCCUUAUUCCUUUUCCACCAUGGCUUCUCUCAGUUAUUUGAAUAUGAGCCACAAUUUACUAUCUCAGGCGAUAGGAGACGUUUUCACCAAUCUUUCUACCCUGGGGACGUUGGACCUUUCUUUCAACAACUUUACUGGAGAUCUUCCUAAAUCCUUGAGCUCUUUAUCCAAUGUUUCUUCCCUCUUUCUGCAGAACAACCAAUUGACUGGUUCUCUCAAUAAUCUCAUCAGUUUGCCUCUGACCACUCUAAAUGUAGCAAACAAUAAUUUCAGUGGAUGGAUACCUCAAGAACUGAAGUCGAUCGAAAAUUUCAUAUACGAUGGAAAUUCAUUUGAUGAUAGUCCUGCACCUCCUCCCCCGCCUUUUACUCCACCGCCUCCUGGUAGAUCUCGUAACAGCUCCAGACAUCCCGGGUCUGGCGGUGGCACCCAUACUGCCUCAAGUUCUGAUACGAGCUCGUCCCACUCGAACAAAGGCUUGUCAGUUUUGGUUAUGGUGGGGAUAAUUUUGGGUGCUAUAAUUAUUGCCCUCAUUGUGUUAGUUGCUUUCGCUGUCUGCAUCAUGAAGAGAAAACGCAAGAACAUUGGUCUAAGAGCUUCCAGUGGAAGGCUGUCAUUUGGCAACAAUGUGAAUGCUGAGGUGGAAGAGCGUCGGGGAAAAAGCGUUGUUGCUGUUGGAGAUAUUAAGCCUCUUCGUACCGAGAAAAUAAAUCCCGAGAGGUUACAGGCGACGAAUGGAUCAGUGAAAAGAAUGAAGUCCCCUAUCACUGCUACUUCUUACACCGUGGCUGCUCUUCAAAGUGCAACGAAUAGUUUUAGCCAAGAAUGCAUAGUUGGUGAAGGUUCUCUCGGUCGUGUUUACAAAUCGGAGUUUCCAAAUGGGAAGAUAAUGGCGAUAAAGAAAAUCGAUAACGCAGCACUAUCACUACAAGAGGAAGACAAUUUUCUUGAAGCGGUUUCAAACAUGUCGCGAUUGAGGCAUACGAACAUUGUGACACUAAAUGGUUAUUGUGCGGAAUAUGGUCAGCGUCUUCUAGUUUACGAGUUCAUUGGAAAUGGAAGUUUACACGACAUUCUCCAUUUUGCUGAUGAAAGUAGCAAGACACUGACUUGGAAUGCACGUGUACGCGUAGCGCUUGGAACCGCCCGAGCUUUAGAAUACUUGCAUGAGGUUUGCUUGCCUUCCGUUGUACAUAGAAACUUGAAAAGUGCAAACAUUUUACUUGAUGAAGAGCUCAAUCCCCAUUUGUCAGAUUGUGGUUUAGCUGCUUUAACACCGAACACAGGGCGACAGAUAUCUACUCAGAUGGUUGGUUCAUUUGGCUAUAGUGCUCCGGAAUUUGCCUUGUCGGGUUUGUACACAGUCAAAAGUGACGUUUAUAGCUUUGGGGUCGUGAUGUUGGAGCUCUUGAGUGGCCGAAAGCCGCUUGACAGUUCGAGGGCGAGAUCGGAGCAAUCACUUGUGAGAUGGGCUACUCCCCAACUUCACGAUAUCGACGCCUUGGCAAAAAUGGUAGACCCUACUUUGAACGGAAUGUACCCUGCGAAAUCUCUAUCGCGCUUCGCCGACAUUAUUGCUCUUUGUGUCCAGCCCGAGCCCGAAUUCCGACCUCCAAUGUCUGAAGUAGUACAAGCACUAGUACGGUUAGUGCAAAGAGCCAGUGUGGUAAAAAGGCAUUCGAGUGACGAGUCGGGUUUCACGUACAAAACGCCCGAGCACGAUGUAGUUGAUUUGCCAUUUUGAGGGACGACACAGAGCUCUGAAACGAAGCCCGAACUUGUUUCCAUUGUAAUUAAAAUAUUUGAGUGUAUAGCAGCAGGGAAGUGAUUUCUACAUUAAGUUUCUGUCUUUCCUUCAAUAUUUUGAUUAUCAUUGUUCUUACUUGAUGAAUCUAAAUUUGGUUUUUGUUUACCAAA